CCACACCGCCAGCCAGGACCAUUACCGCGGUCGACAACCAUUCCACCACGGUAAAACUACCUCCACCACUUGCCAUUCAUCGACACCACUCUUCGACUCUUCCAACAUCGACACUUCCACCACUCGUCAGUCAUCACUACCACUCUCCGCUCUAGUUGCGUACGUCCGACUUCGUACUAUAGUUAAAUCGUUUUACAUUUUUUAUAUUGUUUCAGCUGCAGUGGUAGUCGUGGUGUCCGCGGCCGCGUUCCAAAUUUAUCUUUGCACGCACGCGCGCCGUUCGGAUUCUCGCUAGAACAAUAACAACAAAAGACCGACCGACCAUUUAUUCGCUAAUAACAUUUAAUUUUAAUAAUAUGCCGCGAAGGUUUUGUUGAAUAUAAUAUAAUACAUUAUGAUGUCCGGUUUCGUUGGUGGUUCGUGACGCAAAUAUUUUUCGACAACCCGCUUGUGGUCUUCGCGUUACGAUUCAUUCGGUCACCACAAAAAUAUAAAGGAUAUAACAAAUAAAUAGUCUCCGCUCGCGAUGACCGGUACGACAACGGUUAUUCGGUAUUCGGGCGACUUUUUCGUCGUCGAGUCUUCGUCGUGACGACAGGUGGACGCGAAUACCGAGUGCCGAGUGUCAUCGGUCGGAUUGUUUAGUGGCACGAAGCGAGAAGAGAUUGUGACAGUUCGCCUUGUCUUGUGUAUAAUUUUUCAAAGUCUGGAGUCGUUCACCACCGCCCAAGACUUGUGACGGGAUGGAAAUCGAUGAGCAGCAGACGCCGACUGACGACGUCUUUACCUCCGAAAAUCACAUCGAUCAUUUCGCGAUCAUAAUAUAGCCCAAUCAUAAAAUCCCUCGCGCAAGAAGAUUUCAUUGCUAAUUCUAAAAUGUCUUCCCAAGUAGAUUACCAAUGGGCAUAUACAAUAAUGGAUUCAUCUCGGGUCUCCACAUUUUUGAUAUCUAUUCUGUUGAUUGUUUAUGGCAGUUUCAGAUCUUUAAAUAUGGAACAGGAAGCCAGAGAAAGAGAAAAAGAAAAAUCUAAGAGCUCCAAUGGAAGCUCUGUGUGCUUAACAGAUAUUAGUAAGCGAAAACAAGAUGUCCAAACUUUGGAUACUAUGCAAGCUUUAUGUUUGCCUCUGGGAGCUUCAAUAUCAUUGUUAGUUAUGUUUUUCUUCUUUGAUUCCAUGCAAAUGCUAUUUGCAAUAUGCACUGCAAUUAUUGCUACCGUUGCAUUGGCAUUUCUCCUGCUGCCCAUGUGUCAGUACAUUAUUAAUCCUUGCUCGGAUGGAAAUAAGAUCUCUUUUGGUAUAUGUGGUCGUUUCACAACUGCUGAGCUCCUGUCUUUUUCAAUGGCAUUGUUUAUAGUUUGUAUCUGGGUGCUGACUGGACAUUGGCUGUUAAUGGAUGCAAUGGGAAUGGGACUCUGUGUAGCAUUUAUUGCCUUUGUCCGACUUCCUAGUCUUAAAGUGUCCACUCUUCUGUUGACUGGUCUUUUGAUCUAUGAUGUUUUUUGGGUGUUUUUUUCGUCAUACAUAUUUAACACCAAUGUUAUGGUCAAAGUGGCAACAAGGUCAGCAGAGAAUCCUGUCGGAGUAGUGGCCCGAAAGUUACACAUUGGCGGAGUUGCCAAAGAAGCACCAAGGUUAUCUCUUCCUGGAAAAUUAGUAUUUCCCAGUAUUCAUAAUGGGCGGUUUUCAAUGCUUGGGCUUGGGGAUAUAGUUAUGCCUGGUCUAUUACUGUGCUUUGUAAUGCGGUAUGAUGCAUAUAAGAAAUCUCAGCUUCUACAUUUUGGAGAAACUGGUGUUCCACCUCCAAGACAUCUAGGCAGAAUAAGUUAUUUCCAUUGCUCGCUAAUUGGGUACUUUUUGGGCCUAGUUACCGCUACAGUGUCUUCAGAGAUUUUUAAAGCAGCCCAACCAGCUUUACUCUAUUUAGUUCCAUUUACACUAUUACCUCUUUUGACCAUGGCCUAUUUAAAGGGUGAUUUAAGAAGAAUGUGGAGUGAACCAUUUAUAAUACAGCAGCCUUCCAAACAUAUGGACGUAUAGUCUGUAGUAGCAUUUAUUAUUAUAAUGUAUAUUUUUAGAAUCAUUUUUGUACAAUUUUCUCUUUUAAUUAUUUUGUGUAAUAGAUCUGCAUACAGUUUGCUCGUUCUACUUGAAAAGAUUUAAAAAAAUACUAUGAUAGGUCUUAUGUUUUCUAAAUCCCAAGUUAUACAUUUAAAAAUUUCUUCUCCAACAAUAAUUUGUCGUUUUAUCAAUUGAAAGAUUGUGAUGAUUAUUUUGAUUCCAUUUCUAUAAGUUUCCAUUUACAUGAUGA